GUCAACUUCCCCGUCUUACGGAUAACAAGUCCGAGAGGACUUUUGUAUCCGUAGAAAAGAGACAAAACGCGUAAUUGAUCCUCCCAGACAAAAUCUGGGAAGUGACGUGGUUUUCCUUUUGUUGUCGCCAGCCCCAACUGUCCAAUGUCCGGGGCACGCAAGUUAUCGAACCUAUGAGAUCGUAGUAUGCGACAUUGCUGACCUUGCAGCGAGCCGCAAUUCGCACUCUUUUGCAACUUUUUUGCGUUUGAUGACGGCACAGCUGCGUGGUGCGGUGUCUCUUCUCCCUCUCUUCCUCUCUAUCUUUCUCUCUUCCCUUUCCUUCCGGAGCUCAAUGUCCGCGCCAUCACGAGAGAUAACGACAGCACACACACGCAACCCUUGAAGAGUCGAUCCGUCGCGUUUCCUUCUCACUCAUUCUUUACCAGUUGUUCCGUUUCUCUCCUUUCUUUCUGUUUUCCCUACCCAUGUCGUAAGCACGUCAUCCCGCCUAUUAUCAACAGCAACCUGUACCCAAAGUCCCAGCCCCUACCGCCCUACGAAUCCCAAUACCUAUCCUAAACAGGCAAAAAAGGGGGAAUAGCUGCGCUCUUCCUCCCCUCUUCCAGCAAACGCACGUCGUCACGUCAGACGCAACAACCCAGACAACGCAAGCCCGCAUCCGGCAGCAGCAACACGCAACUCGCAUAACCAAGAAUCGCAUUAUAUUCUGUCCGUCUUACAGUCAGAACCCAUUCGUUACUAUCGCAGGGAGGGUCCCCGUUUCAGAACUCUGCGCGUGUCUGAGAGCCCAGUCCAGGCCCCGUCAAACCCCCAAUUCGCAUCGGCAAUAAACUGGCAUCGCAUCCUAGGGAUAAGAUUGUACUCUGCAGCUACAUAUACAUCUUAGACUCUCUUCUUUAUCUUCCCUUUCCACUCAUCUCUUGACUACCCACACCUCGGCAUUUCACACCACAACUUUCUGUGUCUUAUAUGUUGAGGAGACCGGCUGUAGCAUCCCGGAUAUCUUGCGCGCCUUCACCUCGCAUAUAAGAACAGCCAGACCUCAUCGUCGCACAACCUUCGCAACUCGAUUUGAACACAACAUACCCGCGGAUACUAACUCACAAGGACGACAACCGUAUACACUUCAAGAUGCGGUCCCGCGCUGAAAACUCAGACGAAGACACCGUCGUCGACGACGCCGGCUCUCCAAGAUCCUCCACAGACUCAUCAACAGAAUCAACCCCCCUCUUCGCAACCUCAUCCUCAACAGCAACACCCAGAAAGAGACCAGCAACAGGCCGCAGCAGAACAGACUCCCUCCUCACAGCAGCAACCCAGCUCCACGUCCCCAAACUCCACAACGCAGACGCCAUCGUCGCGACCUUUGUCACAAUCAUCCUCCUCGGCGCCGGCUUCGGCGGCCUCUGGACCAUCCCCACCACCCGCAAAGUAGAAGACAUCGUCUGCCGGCAGUACUACGGCGUCCUCUACACCCAGGACGCCAUCGACGAGUCCAAGUGCAAGGAGGACGAGAUCCAGAGCGAGGUGGCCAUGAUCUUCGCCGUCUACAGCGCGCUGCAGGCGUCCAUCGGUGCCGUCUCUGCGUUCCCCUGGGGUAUCGUGGCGGACCGUCUGGGGAGGAAGCAGGUUUUUUCGUUGGCGGUGUUGGGACAGAUGCUGGAUCAGGCGUGGUUUCUUGUUGUUUGUGCGUUUCCCAAGGUGAUUCCGCUCAAGGCUUUGUGGGUUGGGCCGUCGAUGUUGCUCGUUGGCGGGGGCAACGCCGUUUUAUCUGCCGUCGUCUUUUCGAUGCUCUCUGAUGUUACAACCUCGGAGAACAGAGCCAAGAAAUUCAUGGCCGUCCACCUGGCCUCCAUGAUAGGGAACCUCUGCGCCCCCGCCAUCGCAGGCUGGAUGAUGGAACGAACCGGCCCUUGGCCCGUAAUGUGGCUCGCCUACGCCGGCUUCGCAACCCUCCUCUUCACAAUCCACCUCGUCCCGGAAACCAAACCGCCCGCCGCCAAAGUCUCCUCAGACCCCAUCGCCGACUCCCCCGAAGCAGACUCCCCCGUCAUCGGCACAAUCCAACACACCUUCGCCCGCCUCAAAGAAUCCAUCGCCCUCCUCAAGAACCCCUCCCUCGUGAUCCUCAUGGUCGCCACCCUGAGCUCCUACCCAGUCGUUAUGUCCACCUACCAGUUCAUGACAAUCUUCGCCUCGAAGCGGUACCACGUCUCCCUCUCCCAAACGGGGUACCUCUCCUCCCUCUACGGCUUCGGCGUCUUCCUCACCAUCGUCGCCAUCCUCCCCGCCCUCUCCAAGCUCCUCGCCUCCGCCAAAGCCCCGAAACCGCUACGCUACACAGACGACCACGAGCGUGACCUCUUCCUGGGCCGCCUCUCCUCCGUCGCCCUCCUCCUCGGCGCGCUAACCAUGUCCGCGUCCCCGACCAUCGGCGCCUUCAUCGGCGGGCUGGCGAUCCUGGCGCUGGGUUCCGGGUGGGGUAGCUACGUGCGGAGUCUCUGCGCCGUGUACGUUGACGCGGCGCACCGGACGCGGUUGUAUUCUAUUAUCUCGCUCGUCGAGACGGCGGGGCAGACGUAUACGCAGCCCAUGCUCGCUGGGCUGUUUAGUCUGGGGAUGAAGCUUGGCGGGGCGUGGAUCGGGCUGCCGUAUCUCGGCGUCGCUGGGUUCUGCGUCGCUGCGUUGGGGUUGCUGCUCAUGGUUAGGCUUCCGCCUGCGGAGGGGAAGGGGACGCACGCUAUGGGGGAUGAUGGUGAAGAUGUUGGUGCGAGUGCUCAGUAA